AUGUCUGCUCCAGCACGACCACUGGCUGCCCUCAAAUCUGCACUGCGCCAAUUGCGCGCCGACAAGCACCAUUCUCGCUGCUAUGCCACCGCCGCUCCCGCCGCCAUCCCCGGCAGGCCUGUAAACUUCCACCCGGGCGCCAUCAUGACCGGCCGCAACAACGAACACAGCAUGAAGAAAAUCCCCGUCUUCCCCGCCGUCCCCUCAGCCCGCACAACCUGCAAAGACCCCAUCGCCGCCCUCACCACCUCCCAAAUAACCACCCUCGACCCCACCGGCGCCCGCACCCGCCUCUUCUCCCGCGAAAACACCGACCGCGCAAACGUCGGCGACAUCCUUCUCGUCCGCCUCAAGAACGGCGACCAAUACGCCGGAGUAUGUCUCAACAUCCGCCGCCAAGGCAUCGACACUGCAAUCCUCUUGCGCAACAACCUCACGCGUGUGGGUGUAGAGAUGUGGUAUAAGAUUUACUCGCCCAAUGUAGAGGGUGUUGAGGUUGUGCAGAGGAAAGAGAAGAGAGCCAGACGAGCAAGACUUUACUACAUGCGCCAGCCCAGACAUGAUGUGGGCAGUGUGGAUAACAUUGUCAGGCAGUACCAGAGGCAGCGUGCCAUGUUGCGCAGCUCAGAGGUCAAGAGCAGAGAUUCCAACUCGCGCAAAAAGAAGAACAACAAGCGUGGUUCCAACUAG